UUCCGGGUGGCCCAUGCGUUAUCAUCAGAAUGUGUGAAAUCCAAGCUUUUUAAUCACAAUCGUUAGUCUUAAAACAAUUACAGUUGUAAUAUGGGGAAAUUAAAUGUUGUCGUUUUGAGGUAUUUAACUCGAGAUGAUUUCCGCGUCCUCACAGCGGUUGAGAUGGGGAUGAAGAACCAUGAAGUCGUCCCAGUCAGCCUCAUUUCAUCUAUCGCCAGCCUGCGUCACGGGGGCUGCAACAAGAUUCUUCGAGAGCUUGUCAAACACAAACUCGUGGCCUACGAGCAUACUAAGAUGGUAAAUGGCUACCGUCUGAACUACGGGGGCUAUGACUACCUUGCCUUGAAGACAUUCUGCUCUAGAGACAUCCUUCUUUCAGUCGGGAACCAGAUGGGAGUGGGGAAAGAGUCAGAUAUCUAUAUUGUGGCCAGUCCAGAGGGGGAGCAGUAUGCUCUGAAGCUCCACAGGCUGGGAAGGACCUCUUUCAGGAACCUGAAGAACAAGAGGGACUAUCACAAACACAGGAAGAACAUGUCCUGGCUUUACCUCUCACGCCUCUCUGCCAUGAAGGAGUACGCGUACAUGAAGGCUUUGUACGAACGAGGGUUUCCUGUCCCUAAGCCCAUUGAUUAUAACAGACAUGCUGUGGUCAUGGAGCUCAUCAAUGGAUACCCGCUCUGUCAGGUUCGUCAACUGGAAGACGCGUCCUCCUUGUACAAUGAAGUCAUGGAGCUGAUAGUGAAGCUGGCCAAUCACGGCCUGAUCCACGGCGACUUCAAUGAAUUUAACCUGAUGUUGGAUGACAACGAUCACGUGACUAUGAUUGACUUCCCCCAGAUGGUCUCUACCACACAUUACAACGCAGAAUGGUAUUUUGACCGAGAUGUCAAAUGUAUCCGUGAUUUCUUUGCCAGAAGAUACAAUUUUGUGAGUGAGCUGUACCCAACCUUCAAAGACAUCAGACGUUCAUGUUCUCUGGAUGUUGAGAUCUCAGCCAGUGGCUUCACCAAAGACUAUGAGAGAGACUCAGCUCUACUGGAUCCUGAAGGACCCGAGGAGGAGGAGGAUGAUGAGGAUGAUGAGGAAGAGGGUGAUGAGGAGGAGGAGAGAGAUGAGACAACAGAAGUGGAGGAGUACAGACAUGCCUUGUUGGAACUGGAGGGGCUCAAAGUCAGUGAUACACAGACACACAGUGAGACAGGGCAGGGGGAAGGGGAGGGGCAGGCGGAGGGGGAGAGGCAGGCGGAGGGGGAGGGGCAGGCGGAGGGGGAGGGGCAGGCGGAGGGGGAGGGGGAGAGGGUGUUUGGGUCAGAGUCUGCUGUGAUGGCUGAUAUUGAUGAAGACAGAGAAAAAGAGGAAGACGAUGUGUGUCCUGCGCUGGUUGACCUCUCCUCCUCCAACAGAGAGUUCAAACCUUUCAGAGACCUGAACAGCCUGCUCCAUGUGGUUGAACACACCAGGAGACGAACAGACAGUGAAGUCACCACCCGCAGUCUAGGGAGCUGUUCCACUAUACCUCCGGAGGUGGUUCGUGCAAAGAUGAGGAGACAACUGAGUAAGCAGCAGAAAGCAGCUCAGAGGAGGAAACUGAUGAAAGGAGAAGCUAACCUGGUCACAGCAGAGAAGAGGGACCAACAGAAUAACAUUAAAUCUUGUCUAGUGACUGAUGGCUUCUGGGGUUAAGGCGUGUGUGUGUGUGUGUGUGUGUGCCAGCAGACUGUCCCCCAAUGAUGAACUCUUGCAGUGACAAUAUCUUCAAUAAAGACAACUGUAAUAUGGAACACAA